AUGGAGUCCCCACACCUGCCAAGCGUCUUUGACGUCGCAGAUGAGGCAGGUGGCGGCAGCGGCGGGUGCCACAUCGUCUUCACUCGGGGUUUCCAGGACUGGCUGGCUGCACAGACUGAAGCCGCGGACCCACUGCAGGUGGCCCAACGCCUCACCCACUGCUGUCGACGCCAUCUGGCCGCCAUCGCGCCGACGUGGAUGGAGCUCAGCCGAGAGGAACGCAACAGCGUCUGCUCGCCACAGCAGGCAGCCUGGUUUGACGAACUCCUUCGUCUCCUCUUUCCCACACCAAAACAGCCCUCGGCCAGCGAGGCCUUGGAGUACUUCCGCCGGCGUCACCAAGACACCGACAAGUCCCCGCUCGACCACACUCCCAUGUCUGCCUACUUGCACAAAACGGAGAAACUGGUGGAUGACAUUUUGAUUGGUCAAAACAUUGAGAAGACCUACCGCGACGCUGUAGUCCUCAUCUGUCUCGGUGCCCUACUCAACAAACACCCUCUGGAUUUGAUGGAACACUUUUCCACCCACGAAAACAAUAUCAGUCGGUCGCCCUCCAUUCAAAACAACACUGCCCCCGGCGCUCUCCAGCCGACCUCAGCCGAUACGCACGAAGUGGUUUCCCGUUCACAAACUGAAGUUAGCCGCGGGCACUAUCAGAUCGUGCAUCAGACCAUCGCCAACUUUGAUUCAGUCCCCGCCGGCUUUAGACAGAGAACCGAGUACACAACAAAUGAGGACAACAUUAAAGUCAGUCGAGUGAUGGAAAAGGGCGCGGCCGUUGCGAAUGAUAUCGCCAGGGGCACAGUCAGUCGUCCGCAGGAGUUAAACGAAGUCGCUGUCGAGACGGCAGGAUGGGAUUUGGGUCACCAGGAUGUAUCCCGACACUCCACAGAGGUCUCCGUCUCGUUUCCGCGCUCCACACCACGCACUGCUACCUCCUUCUCCGAGUCGCCGACUUUCACUGAACCGGAUUCAAAUGCCGCCCCGCCGAUGCGAAGAUGCUCUCUUCUACCGUGCUUUACUCUAUGGAAACCCCGAAGCCUCGGGAAAGCUCCUCCUGCUCCUCCUCAGGGCGGACCAACCAUUGUUAUCCAAACUUCCGCAAAAGACAUGCAUGCUCGAAUUACAGUGAGCAGCACGGAUUCAAGUGCCUUCAGCGAGUCCCAGCUGGAGGACAGGGCACGGCCACGUACAUUCUCCUUUAACAUCCACGGAGGCGUUCCACUGGAGGUGAAGCUGGCAGAGGCAGACGAUGACGAACGGAAGCGUCGUUUCAGUGGCAGGCGUCUGACCAUGGAGAUGGCCGAAGGAAAGCUCUUCCGUUCCAGCAAGGAAGCGGACUCUCUCACAGAGGUGACCUCCUCCGUGACAAACAGUCAGUCACAGUCAGUCAGGAACGGACGUACUUCGGAGUCCUUCCAUCUGCGCGAUGGUGUUCCACCUGAAAUGCGCACUUCUGGUGGGGAUCUAGAUGAGGAGGAAAGACUGUACAGACGCAGUGUCCGUCUUUCCGUUGCGACAGAUGAGGCACUCAACUUCCUGGCCAGUAAAAUUGUUCAACACGUACUGACUUCGCUAAACCUACCAAGCAAUUCCACGCUCUCAUCCGCCGUGUCCUCGGUGACGUCUGAGUCGAGUCUUACUGAGCCCGAAUCUCUCUCCCACAAAAGGAUUAGUAUUCUUUCGGCGGAUGGCAGACCUGUCAAUUCUAUCAUCCGUCCUACUAUGGAAAUUGCAACGAAUGUAGUAAAACAGGUCAUUAAUAAGGUCCUACAGAACGGUUUCCGAGGCAGCCGCAACAGUUCCGACAGUUCCGCCAGUCAGAUUAACAGACCCGCAGUCGGAAGGGUCGAAAGUGAGAAUGGGACCCAUCAUAUACCCCUGGAGACUUCGUUUCACGACCCAUACGCCCGUGUAGUUCAACAGACAAGGUCGAAGUCAGACGAUCGCACAAUUGAGCUCAACAUUAGCAUUACACUGCCCAAUCGGAAAGUGGAGAUUCAUCAGAGGCAGGACGUAACCGUUGGGGCUAAAAAAUAG